AUGACUUCCAAGCUUCCCUACGACCCUCAGCUUGUUCUGGGCAGUGUUCUUGAGGGCAGAGCACUUAAGACCCUUACUGACAUUGCCAAAGCCUCCGCCGAGCCUGAUGCACUAUGGGAUCAGCUCCAAACGCUCAUUGCUUCCAGGAGACGUCUUGACAUGACUAAGACGGAGCUUAGUAACCUUGGAAUUGAGAACUCUGAGCUCGCAGACAUUGACAAGAACAUUGGAGACCUGAACAAGACGAUCGUGGACCUCGGCAAACAAUACGCGCAGAAAAGGUUGGAAGCUGAGAACCAGAUUCGGGAGCUGCAAUCCAAGAUCUCCUCAGUUCAUGCCGAUGUUGAAAGCCCGAUCGACUACUAUUUCAGCUUGGACAGCAACAAGCAGGAUGCGUUCACGUUCGCACAGCAAGUUGGGGAUUACGUGGCUUCAUCCUUCAGUUGGCUGGGUCAGGAGGUCGCGACACAAAUCAGCCAGGCUGCGUCGACACAGGUCAGCAGCCAGACCAGCAAGCACACGAUUAUCGGUACCCUGGUGAUUACCGCGUCCUGCAGCCAUAAGACCUCGAAGGUCCUGGCGCCUCUUGUCAUUGACGUCAACAAGGCCAUCGGGGUCUGGAACACCCUAUUCCCUGAUGACAAUAUUCCGUCGACGAGUAUGUCACUGGAGAAUGCGUAUAACCUGAUCAAGGAGGCCUCUGCAAACACGGAUGGCAAGGAAAAGAACAGGUUCACCAUCAUCUCGGGGAUGACCAUGGGUUCCUGCUUCGUAUGCAUGGUCCACAUUCUCAAUACCAGCAAUACCGCGGCUCAAGAGAUCAUGCAAGAUGUCAAGCAGACGCUACAGGUUCAGGCGCAGAUGGAUGCAGCAUCAUGGUUCGCUAAGAUGUCCGGUGGGUUUGGCGCGGAUUUCAAUCUCGCUGAGAGUGUCAAGAGUCUCUUCAGUACCCAGAAUAUCCAGUCUCAUGUUACCCUUGCCUGCCUGGGUGUUAUCCCAUCAAUCGUCUCGAACGAGGUUCAGCUGAGCGUUGAGGGCUUUUCUAAGUUCGAUCCGGCGAGUAGCAUGGAGGCCCUGAGCAUUCUCGACAGCAGCACUGCUGAUCAGGCAGACUCGAUUAAGGGUGCAGCCGAGGCGGCUCGCAAGGGCCAAGAGAUGGUCACGCUCAAGACCAGCACAAUGAAGGCUGCUCUGACGGCUCUGGGAGAGAUAGAUGACGGCCGUAACAAGGUCCUCGACAUCAACUCUAUGAUGACUGCCUUCGAGGACUACCUCCGCAAGGUUGAGGAAGGCGAUUCUGGCAUACCUGUCAAUUACUACACCAAAGACUACACCAAGGAUGUCAUCCUCAAGAUGUGGAUCGCCAAGUAUUAUCCUGGCCGUGACCCUACCGAGAUACACCCUGGCGGUGAUGAUCAGUAA